CAUCGGGCGACAGACCCUGCUCACUUUCACUUCUGACAGCCCACUUCUGGCAGUAACGCCAAACCUCUUAGAUGCACCAGCGAUCAUCAGGACCUGAAAAUGCAGCUCCUAUUCGUCGAGAACAAUCUUGCCGUUCAGAAGUUGUGUCAUCGUAUCGGCCAAAAGCUAGGUUGCGAGGUGGUUGUCAUCGGCUCUGGCACAGCAGCCCUUGACCACUUGGCCAUGGCCCCUACAUUACCACAUAUCAUCUUCAUAAAGACUUCACUUCCAGGACUUAGUGGCUACGAGCUGGUCCGCAUCAUCCGCACGCAGCCACCUUUCUGUAACGAUCCCCAACUGCAAUCGAUUCCGCUCAUCGGACUGACGGCGUCGGCGUCCGGAACCAACCUGUCUCGGGAGAGGGCAACGGGCUACAAUGACUUCCUGCGCGUUCCAUUGCGGGUAAGCACAGUAGGAGAGACAAUCGGUCAUUGGUCUCAUCGACAGAUUAUGGGUCCAGCCGAUGUGCCCGCUUGGCAAAUGAAGGCGUGGCAUAGACACCACCGUGGGCCGCGAUCACGGUUGUGAUACCCGUCUGUGAUGAAGGUGGAGACAGAUGAUUCGGAGACUAGAUCAAGAGCGACUGCUGCAGGAUGUCAGUAGAUGGAGGGAAUACAAUGCAUUCAGCUCACGGUUUCUGCCAAGCCUUUCGACGUGUAGUCAGCCGUGACUGUGCGUAGG